UAAUUUCUUUUGUUUGUAUUUUGUUUGCUACAGUUGUCAAUCAGCGGUGGCCAUCUUAAAAGGGAUAUAUCAUGCAAAAUGUACUCUUUUAGCCAUAAAAUACAUUUUGUUGUGUACUUGGAGUCUCUAGGAGUGCAGAAAAGUUUAAUUUUGACUCUCUCAGUGCUACAUAGAUAUCUUGAUUUUCUGUUUGGAUCAUAUUUUUCAACCUGUUCAGUUUUCUACAUUUUGCAUGACGUCCUCUGAACUAUUACGCCAAAUUAUUUGCAACAGAAUUCAGACCAAAUUGUUGCAGUUCCACUUUAUAUAGACCCAAGCUGAAGGAUUCAAAUGGGAAAAAUAAAGAUUUAAAAGCAUGAAAUAUCUACUUUAAAUGGGAUUUAUUCCAAAAGUCAGUCAGUUGUAGAUGCUCAUCUAAUAAUUACUUUCUAAGAGUUUUCUUCCUGUCUGUCCACUGGUUCAUGACAUAUUUACACACACAAACACACACACACAUGCAGUAAACGUGUCACCAUGUUUGCRUUUCAUCAUCAAAGCAUUCUUCCUUGCAGUUCUGUUUAAGGAUUGGAGCAGCUUCUACGCUCUGGUGGAGCCUCUUUCCAAACUGCGAGCAGAGAUUGGCUCAGAGCUGUGCCACUCAGACAGCAAAUACUCUCUGACUUCCUCCGUCCUCGCUUCCUAGUGCUGGCUGAGAGGAGGGAGGGGAAUGGAUCUCUUUCUGUGUGAGACGCCGGCACCACCUCACCCUGCUCCUCCCCACCACCUGCCCUUGACUGGGCGAGACACGGGGGAAGCUGCCCUGCUCUCUCCUCCUCUGCUCCACCCUUCCUGCCUGUCUUCAUGUGUGCAUCUGCAGUCCUGCUGAAACCUGACUGCUUCCCUCUACCUGUGGUGCUUCAGAGGAGCAGUGAGGAGGGGAACCUUGGUCCUCGGCCGGUGGAGCUCUGAUGGGAGGCGGCGUCGACUCUGGCUGGGACUGGGGAUGCUGAACGGGGGGAGGGAGGGCCUGUUUGAGCUGGGACAGCAGCUCCAGCAGCAGGGGGAGUACCAAGCCGCCCUCCACUGCUUCCUCAGCUGCCUGCUGGGACUGACCCAUGUGCAAAGCUUCACCUCUCUGCCUAACUGCCUACAUCAGAUUGCAGAGCUCUUCAUCACCGAAAAGAACUAUGGGAAGGCCCUCCAGUUCAUCCAAGCUGAAAAGAUGUUCUACGAAGUGGCGCUGAUCGAACUCACAGCUCUYCAGGGAAGCACAGGACCUCAGGAGGAGGCCAGUCUGGGCUCCGCAGGAUGGACGACCCCAGAGGAACUUUCAGAGCAGGCGUCCCAAGCGCAGCACCUGGAACGGCUGGCUCAGCUCUGCAUCAUGAGCAAACAACCUCAUCUCGCCCUAGAAUACAGCGGUAAGGCAACAAAAAUCCACCAAAGGGCCUUUGGUAAUGACCAUCCAUUUACAGCCAGAAGCCUGGAGCUGAUGGCAACUGUCUAUGCUGAGAUCGGCAAGACUGAAUAUUCAGACUCUCUGGGCCAGUGUGUGUCUGCGCUGUCCAAACGCUUCACUGCUGCAGAGUCCCUUCGAGACGCAACCGUCAACUGUCUUCCUCCUUCCCACCGGGACAAACACUCAGAGGUGCACCACAGAAAGGACACACACCACCAACUAGAGGACGCGCUGAAACCCAAGGUAACCAGUGGCAUCGUCCCUACCUCCAUUCUAAAGAGGCCAGGUCCCAACUAUGGGUCCCACACGGAACUGAACCACAGGCGGAAAGGCGAGCGGAGGGUUCGAUUCAGAGAGCCAGAGACCACUGUACAUGAUAUUUCUUACUGUGAGUGUUUAGAUGCCUAUGAGACGACACCGUCCCGCCCCCACCUGGCUCUCUUCACCUGCCUCUUCCUGCUGAUGUCAUUCCUGGGUGUAGCCAUGUAUUGCACGGACCGCCGGCGCCCGCAGAGAGCGUGCGAGGAGCUGGAGGCCGCCCUGGCUGUCUACCUGCUGCACAUGAAGCAGCUUCUGUGGGGCUGCUGGAUAUGGCUGACCAUGCAGUGACUGUGACAACACACCCGUGGAGACAUGGAGCGUCCUUUCUGUUUUUAUUCCUCUUCUUUAUUAUUAUUAUCUUAGACGGUGCCUGGGCCUACAAACACCUCAGCCAUUUUUUUCUCCCCCCAAGACUCUAUUUACCGUGUGGUGUUGCACUACUCCCACGUUCAAAAAGAGACAUCUGUCAUCCCUGAUUAUGUAACUUCCAUGUAUAUAUGUAGAAUGAUAUGACAAAUGCCACCUUCUAUUUAAGUUUUGAUGACAUUUUGCACUUUUGCAGGCUCAGUGCUCACAUAACCACCUGAUAUUUUUUCAGUUUGUGUCACAGUCUUUAGCCUGUGCSUGGGUGUUUCCAAGGAAGGCAGAUUUUUAUUCUGUUACAGUACAUAAAUUAAUGCAUAACAGUCAUUACAGAGAAAUGAAUGUGUAUAUACAUAUAUAUAUGGGCUCAAUAUAUUAAGGACUAUCAGUAUUUAGGCUUGUAAUUGCACAUAAAUGAAUGUAAAGAUGUUUAUUUCAUUGGCAAUGUGCACAUCUGAAAGGAAGACUAUGGCUACAUUCACACUGCAGGCAAAUGCCACUCAAAUCAGAUAUUUUUGCCCCCAUGUGACCCAGUCUGAAAAUGACAAAUUAGAUUUUUACGAAUCCAAUCCAGGCCUUCAGUAUUUGGUUUUAAAUUGAAUACAUAUCUAAUGAUUUCAGAAAUAUAUAAUAGUACAGUUAGUAUUGAACCGUAUUGAURCUAAAGUCACUGGAUCAAUUCUUUAGUUUGUUCUGUCUGCUGGGAGUAAAACGAUGUCUCGAUCCAAAAAUAAAAUGCUGCGCCGGAGUAGCCGGCAACAGGAAGGUUCAAAUGUAGACGGUGAACUAAAACAUGUCACAUUAUUAUUAAAUCUGCUCUGAUUGCACAACUUCAGAAUCGACAUG